AUGAAAAGAACAUCCGUCCCAUCAGCAGCAAAAGCUUCAUCAUCGGGGUCGACACCAUCAGCAUCAACACUCAUUGAUUCAGCACAACCCGUUCGGAAACCAAUGACGGAUGAACAACGAAAAUUACUACCAAAUUACAUGAAACAAAUUCUUGAAGAAUUAAAGCAAUGCGAGGAGGGUCUGACCGAUGUCAUUUUAAAAGAAAAGUUUCCCGAUCAAUUGGUAUUCAUGGAAAGUAUAAAUGAGCUGCAUAAAAAAGGACGAAUUCGACAUUUUAAAUAUGGAAAGAAUAUGAUCUUUCAUUAUGUUUCAAAAGAAGAAUCUGUAAAAUUUAAAGGCUUGACCGACGAACAAAUAGGUAUUUAUCAAAUAGUGGAGAGUGCUGGAAACAAAGGUAUUUGGAAAAAGACAAUUGCAAAGAAAGCUAAGAAGAAUGAAAAGGAUUUAGAAAAGAUUUUGAAAACACUUGAAUCAAAACAAUUAAUUAGAAAAAUUUCAGAUAUUACUCAAAAGAAAGGAACUCAAAUUGUGUAUAUUGCUGCUCAUAUUGAACCUAGUAGAGAGAUAACUGGAGGAAUUUGGUAUGUCGAUGGAAAGUUUCAUUCAGAGCUCAUUGACAAGCUUCGAACAGAAACUAUCAAUUACCUUGAAAAGAAACCGAAGCGAGUUCAUGAAGUGCUAGAACACAUUAAAUCUAUGGCAAUCAUUGAUCACGUUGAUUUGGGAGUGGAAGACAUGCAGCAAAUAAUUGAUACUCUAGUUUAUGAUGGUUUUAUAGAAAAAGUAAUUGACGUGAGUCACACUGGAGACAAACCACUGUACCGAGUUGCAUUGUCGAGCGUGUCUACGGAAAAUGCAUUUGUGGAUAUUCCUUGCUCCACAUGCCCUGUUUUUGAUCAAUGUACAGAAAACGGUGACAUUAAUCCCAAAGGUUGCCCUUACCUUAAAGAAUGGAUGGACUUUUAG